AUGAGUUCUUCAGCUUUUUUAAGUUUAUGUGAUAUGUUAGUUAGAGAUGGUGGUCUUCGAGCAACUUUGCACGUGUCGGUCGAGGAACAAGUUGCAAAAACUCUUUAUGUAUUAGGUCAUAAUGUUACACAUCGUGAGUUAUCUUUCUUUUUCCGGCAUUCCCGUGAGACCACUUUUAGGCAUUUUCAUAAUGUAUUGCAAGUUAUAAUAGAGUUGGAGGACAAAUUUAUAACACAACCUGAUGGGGCACAAAUUCCUUCAGAAAUAUUCAGCAGUAACAGAUUCUAUCCAUAUUUCAAGAUUGUGUUGGUGCUAUUGAUGGAACACAUAUUCGGGAUCAAAGUUUCUAGUGCUGAAGCUCCGAAAUAUCGUGUGAGGAAGGAUUAUCCAACACAAAACGUGUUAGUGGCAUGCACAUUUGACUUAAAAUUCACAUACGUGUUACCUGGGUGGGAAGGAACAACAUCUGAUUCAAGAAUAAUAAAGAAUGCAUUAAGUAGACCUUAUCCUCUAAGAAUUCCAGAAGGAAAAUAUUAUCUUGUUGAUGCGGGAUUUAUGUUAAGAAGUGGACUUAUUACACCAUACAAAGGAGAGCAAUAUCACUUGAAGGAGUAUUCAAGGAAUCCACCAACAAAUCCACGUGAUAGGGACAACUGGACAACAUGCCGAGACCGCGGCGACUAUGGUGGUUACUACAUCAUCACAAUGCUAGAAGGGCGAGCACGGGUAACAAAUCCCAGGUUAUUUGAUCUUCAUUCUUCUAGUUCUUCUGUGGUAUAUCAUCCGAAUAUACAAUCAGUAAAGUCCAGUUCUGAUGUCAAGGAGUAUAUCGAGAAAGGGGGUGACUACGUGGACUGGGGUCAGUUCCAGGUUGACGGCAGAUCGUCCAGAGACGGAAGACAUAACUUGUCAACUGUCUAUGCCGAUGCACUGAACUCUGGUUCAAUGGAAGCUGCAUUACAGAUUAUUUGGGAAAAUAAUCCCAGAGCUUUUACUUUACAAUACCAUAAUCUUAAACCUAAUUAUGAACGGAUAUUUCAGAAACCGUUGGAUCUUUACACAUAA